UGGCGGAGAUGAGGUUGAAGUAGAGCGGGCAGUGGAAGGGGUGGAACACAAUGACACGAAGCCGCGUGCGUGUGAGGAGCGCUCGGACACAUCCAUUCUGCGUGGACGCUGCUUUCGUGCGGAUCUGAAAGCUACCGCAACGGCGUCGCCUUAAUGUGCGCGAUUACAGCGAUGUGCCGUUGAUCUGGCGUGAUGAUGGCGAUGCAUUCAUGGAACUCCUGCACGAUGUCACUCCCGUGGAUUUCUGGACCCGACACCGGAGGGGCUUAUUUUACUAGUGCGUGUUUGUCACUUCCUCGCUGCUUAACGUUUGACUUGUAGUGAAUUGAUUCAACCCCGUGGUACAGGAUACUCUUUGUCAUCGUGAUAUCCACUACAUCGCUGGUAAAUAAUGACCACUCAGGCUUCGAUUUAUCGCUAAAUUGACUCGCGGCGCGUGCUGGGAGGGGGGUCACGUGACGUCGUGGCGUGGUCUUGUGAACUCGUUUAAGAAAAGAAACUACAGGGGCUCGAGACACCCUCCAAGAGGUAUCACCAUGGACGAUUCUGGCAUCAUUCGAAGAAGGCGGCUCCAGAAGGAUCUUCCACUGCCACGGAAGAGUAGCAGUUGCCGAACGAGUAACCGGAAAAGCCUCAUCCUGACCAGUACAUCGCCGACCCUGCCCAGGCCUCACUCCCCACUGCCUGGACACAUCGGAAGCAGCCCGUUGGACAGCCCACGCAACUUCUCACCUAGUGGUCCCGCCCACUUCUCUUUUGCCUCUUCAAGAAGGCCUGAUGGUCGUCGAUGGUCACUGGCUUCGCUUCCAUCCUCAGGAUAUGGCACCAAUACACCCAGUUCAACGUCGUCCAGCUCGUCCCAGGAACGUCUGCACCAGCUGCCCUUCCAGCCCACCAUGGACGAGCUGCACUUCCUGUCCAAGCACUUUGGCAGCACCGAGAGCAUCACGGAUGAUGACGGGGGCCGCCGCUCGCCGCACGUCCGUCCUCGCUCUCGGAGCCUCAGGUGAAACCUCCGCCAAGGAAAAUAAAAACAUGUCCAAAAUGUCCCGUUUCAUUGAAAAAUCAUGAGGAAUGGAUGAUAUUCCACCUCGCACCUCUAGGUGUCAGUAAUUCUCUCUCUGCUGAAUCAGUGGCUCAUUGCUUUCUCCAGUAAAAGCUGAACGCAAUGGCAAAAAAUACAAAUGAAUUCCUCUGUUUCCAACUUCAUCCAGAUCUGCACCAGUGUUUCACAGGUGCUUCCUUGGCCCAUGCACAGCCCCUCUCCACAAAUUUGUGCACUUAGUGUUACGACUGGCCCGAACUGGUGGCGUGAU